AUGGAUUUAAAAGGAAUUCUUGACUUUUUUAUCUUAAGUUUUAUUACUUCGUUUUGUGCAUUUUCACCACUUAUUGUACCAUUAACGGUUUUUAUCUUAUCAUGGUUUUGGUCCUCGAAGUUUAUCCUAUCAGUUUCGCUUGUCUACUGUUAUUGGUUAUAUUUCGAUCGUCGCACUGAUUCACAUGGUGGCCGAUGGUCAGAUUGGCUUCGUCGAUGUUCAAUUUGGACACAUUGGACACAGUAUUUUCCUCUAACAUUAAUUAAAAGCACAGAUCUCGAUCCCAAUCGAAACUAUAUAUUUGGUUAUCAUCCACAUGGUGUAGCAGCUAUAGGAGCACUCGGCAAUUUCGGUACAGAUGCAACACACUUUUCUAGUUUAUUUCCAGGCAUUCGUCCACAUCUGAUGCUUCUUAAAAUGCAAUUUUUCAAUCCAUUCACACGAGAUCUGUUACUUGGAUUGGGUGCAUGUUGUGUAUCACGAAAUAGUUGUGAGUGUCUAUUGAGUGGCAAAUGUGGCCAAGGAAAUGCAUUGGUCAUCAUAAUUGGUGGCAGACGUGAAGUAUGGCUGACACGAAAUAAUACAAUGAUACUUUAUUUGAAGUCAAGAAAAGGGUUUAUUCAGCUAGCAUUAAAAUAUGGGGCAUCCAUUGUGCCUGUUAUUUCGUUUGGAGAAAAUGAAUUGUAUGAACGGCGUACUUUUUUUGGCUUGAUACCCAAUGGUAUUCCCUGGGGUCUCCUAUUCAUGGGAUAUAUACCAUUUCGACGUCAGGUCGUCACUGUCGUUGGUAAGCCGAUUCAUGUCGUUCAAACUGAUAAUCCAACUCCUAGUGAUAUCGAACAACUUCAUCAAGAUUAUCUUCAAGCAGUGGAACAAUUAUUUGUCGAGAAUAAAGAUAAAUACAAAUUGGGACAUGUAAAACUCGAAAUUAUUUGA